AUGUAUGCUGAAUGCCUACCAGAAACUGACUCCGCAUUAACUGGAACAAUUGAGACAAGUACAGAAGAACCAUCUUCAAUUGCAAUUUCUUCUGGAGCUGUUGCUUCGUCAAUAAUUGAAACGACAGAAUUUGACUCAACAUCAACCGAAAUAACUGAAGCAACUACAAUAGAACCAUCUACAAUUGCAAUUACUUCCACAACAAUUUCAUCUUCCACCAGGGAAACAACAGCAGAAUCUGACACAACAUCAACUGAAAUAUCUGAAGGAAGUACAGUCGAACCAUCUACAAUUGCAAUCUCUACCCCGACAAUUUCAUCUUCAACCAGGGAAACAACAGCAGAAUCUGACUCAACAUCAACUGAAAUAUCUGAAGCAACGACAAUAGAACCAUCUACAAUUGCAAUCACUUCCACAACAAUUUCAUCUGCCACCAGCGAAACAACAGCAGAAACUGACUCCGCAUUAACUGGAACAAUUGAGACAAGUACAGAAGAACCAUCUUCAAUUGCAAUUUCUUCUGUAGCUGUUGCUUCGUCAACAAUUGAAACGACAGAAUUUGAAUCAACAUCAACCGAAAUAACUGAAGCAACUACAAUAGAACCAUCUACAAUUGCAAUUACUUCCACAACAAUUUCAUCUUCCACCAGGGAAACAACAGCAGAAUCUGACACAACAUCAACUGAAAUAUCUGAAGGAAGUACAGUCGAACCAUCUACAAUUGCAAUCUCUACCCCGACAAUUUCAUCUUCAACCAGGGAAACAACAGCAGAAUCUGACUCAACAUCAACUGAAAUAUCUGAAGCAACGACAAUAGAACCAUCUACAAUUGCAAUCACUUCCACAACAAUUUCAUGUGCCACCAGCAAAACAACAGCAGAAACUGACUCCGCAUUAACUGGAACAAUUGAGACAAGUACAGAAGAACCAUCUUCAAUUGCAAUUUCUUCUGUAGCUGUUGCUUCGUCAACAAUUGAAACGACAGAAUUUGAAUCAACAUCAACCGAAAUAACUGAAGCAACUACAAUAGAACCAUCUACAAUUGCAAUUACUUCCACAACAAUUUCAUCUUCCACCAGGGAAACAACAGCAGAAUCUGACACAACAUCAACUGAAAUAUCUGAAGGAAGUACAGUCGAACCAUCUACAAUUGCAAUCUCUACCCCGACAAUUUCAUCUUCAACCAGGGAAACAACAGCAGAAUCUGACUCAACAUCAACUGAAAUAUCUGAAGCAACGACAAUAGAACCAUCUACAAUUGCAAUCACUUCCACAACAAUUUCAUCUGCCACCAGCAAAACAACAGCAGAAACUGACUCCGCAUUAACUGGAACAAUUGAGACAAGUACAGAAGAACCAUCUUCAAUUGCAAUUUCUUCUGUAGCUGUUGCUUCGUCAACAAUUGAAACGACAGAAUUUGACUCAACAUCAACCGAAAUAACUGAAGCAACUACAAUAGAACCAUCUACAAUUGCAAUUACUUCCACAACAAUUUCAUCUUCCACCAGGGAAACAACAGCAGAAUCUGACACAACAUCAACUGAAAUAUCUGAAGGAAGUACAGUCGAACCAUCUACAAUUGCAAUCUCUACCCCGACAAUUUCAUCUUCAACCAGGGAAACAACAGCAGAAUCUGACUCAACAUCAACUGAAAUAUCUGAAGCAACGACAAUAGAACCAUCUACAAUUGCAAUCACUUCCACAACAAUUUCAUCUGCCACCAGCGAAACAACAGCAGAAACUGACUCCGCAUUAACUGGAACAAUUGAGACAAGUACAGAAGAACCAUCUUCAAUUGCAAUUUCUUCUGUAGCUGUUGCUUCGUCAACAAUUGAAACGACAGAAUUUGAAUCAACAUCAACCGAAAUAACUGAAGCAACUACAAUAGAACCAUCUACAAUUGCAAUUACUUCCACAACAAUUUCAUCUUCCACCAGGGAAACAACAGCAGAAUCUGACACAACAUCAACUGAAAUAUCUGAAGGAAGUACAGUCGAACCAUCUACAAUUGCAAUCUCUACCCCGACAAUUUCAUCUUCAACCAGGGAAACAACAGCAGAAUCUGACUCAACAUCAACUGAAAUAUCUGAAGCAACGACAAUAGAACCAUCUACAAUUGCAAUCACUUCCACAACAAUUUCAUCUGCCACCAGCGAAACAACAGCAGAAACUGACUCCGCAUUAACUGGAACAAUUGAGACAAGUACAGAAGAACCAUCUUCAAUUGCAAUUUCUUCUGUAGCUGUUGCUUCGUCAACAAUUGAAACGACAGAAUUUGACUCAACAUCAACCGAAAUAACUGAAGCAACUACAAUAGAACCAUCUACAAUUGCAAUUACUUCCACAACAAUUUCAUCUUCCACCAGGGAAACAACAGAAUCUGACACAACAUCAACUGAAAUAUCUGAAGGAAGUACAGUCGAACCAUCUACAAUUGCAAUCUCUACCCCGACAAUUUCAUCUUCAACCAGGGAAACAACAGCAGAAUCUGACUCAACAUCAACCGAAAUAACUGAAGCAACAACAAUAGAACCAUCUACAAUUGCAAUCACGUCCACAACAAUUUCAUCUUCCACCAAGGAAUCAACAGCAGAAUCUGACACAACAUCAACUGAAAUAUCUGAAGUAAGCACAGUCGAACCAUCUACAAUUGCAAUCUCUACCCCGACAAUUUCAUCAUUCACCAGGGAAACAGCAGUAAGUGACUCAGCAUUGACUGGAACAACUGAAGCAAGCACAGUGGAACCAUCUACAAUUGCAAUCUCUUCUACGACAGAAUCUGACUCAACAUCAACCAAAAUAACUGAAGCAAGUACAAUAGCACCAUCUACAAUUGCAAUCACUUCCACAACAAUUUCAUCUUCCACCAGGGAAACAACAGCAGAAUCUGACACAACAUCAACUGAAAUAUCUGAAGCAAGCACAGUACCAUCUCCAAUUGCAAUCUCUACCCCAACAAUUUCAUCAUCCACCAGGGAAACAACAGUAGUAAGUGACUCAGCAUUGACUGGAACAUCUGAAGCAAGUACAGUGGAACCAUCUACAAUUGCAAUCUCUUCUACGACAAUUGCUUUGUCAACCAGUGAAGCGACAGAAUCUGACUCAACAUCAACCAAAAUAACUGAAGCAAGUACAAUAGCACCAUCUACAAUUGCAAUCACUUCCACAACAAUUUCAUCUUCCACCAGGGAAACAACAGCAGAAUCUGACACAACAUCAACUGAAAUAUCUGAAGCAAGCACAGUACCAUCUACAAUUGCAAUCUCUACCCCGACAAUUUCAUCAUCCACCAGGGAAACAACAGUAGUAAGUGACUCAGCAUUGACUGGAACAAUUGAAGCAAGUACAGUGGAACCAUCUACAAUUGCAAUCUCUUCUACGACAAUUGCUUUGUCAACCAGUGAAGCGACAGCAGAAUCUGACACAACAUCAACUGAAAUAUCUGAAGCAAGCACAGUUCCAUCUACACUUGCAAUCUCUACCCCGACAAUUUCAUCAUCCACCAGGGAAACAACAGUAGUAAGUGACUCAGCAUUGACUGGAACAACUGAAGCAAGCACAGUGGAACCAUCUACAAUUGCAAUCUCUUCUACGACAAUUGCUUUGUCAACCAGUGAAGUGACAGAAUCUGACUCAACAUCAACCAAAAUAACUGAAGCAAGUACAAUAGCACCAUCUACAAUUGCAAUCACUUCCACAACAAUUUCAUCUUCCACCAGGGAAACAACAGCAGAAUCUGACGCAACAUCAACUGAAAUAUCUGACGCAAGCACAGUACCAUCGACAAUUGCAAUCUCUACCCCAACAAUUUCAUCAUCCACCAGGGAAACAACAGUAGUAAGUGACUCAGCAUUGACUGGAACAACUGAAGCAAGCACAGUGGAACCAUCUACAAUUGCAAUCUCUUCUACGACAAUUGCUUUGUCAACCAGUGAAGUGACAGAAUCUGACUCAACAUCAACCAAAAUAACUGAAGCAAGUACAAUAGCACCAUCUACAAUUGCAAUCACUUCCACAACAAUUUCAUCUUCCACCAGGGAAACAACAGCAGAAUCUGACACAACAUCAACUGAAAUAUCUGAAGCAAGCACAGUACCAUCUACACUUGCAAUCUCUACCCCGACAAUUUCAUCAUCCACCAGGGAAACAACAGCAGUAAGUGACUCAGCAUUGACUGGAACAAUUGAAGCAAGUACAGUGGAACCAUCUACAAUUGCAAUCUCUUCUACGACAAUUGCUUUGUCAACCAGUGAAGCGACAGAAUCUGACUCAACAUCAACCAAAAUAACUGAAGCAACUACAGCACAAACACCUACGAUUGCAAUCACUUCCACAACAAUUUCAUCUUUCACCAGGGAAACAACAGCAAAAUCUGACACAACAUCAACUGAAAUAUCUGAAGUAAGCACAGUCGAACCAUCUACAAUUGCAAUCUCUACCCCAACAAUUUCAUCAUCCACCAGGGAAACAACAGUAGUAAGUGACUCAGCAUUGACUGGAACAACUGAAGCAAGCACAGUGGAACCAUCUACAAUUGCAAUCUCUUCUACGACAAUUGCUUUGUCAACCAGUGAAGUGACAGAAUCUGACUCAACAUCAACCAAAAUAACUGAAGCAAGUACAAUAGCACCAUCUACAAUUGCAAUCACUUCCACAACAAUUUCAUCUUCCACCAGGGAAACAACAGCAGAAUCUGACACAACAUCAACUGAAAUAUCUGAAGCAAGCACAGUACCAUCUACAAUUGCAAUCUCUACCCCGACAAUUUCAUCAUCCACCAGGGAAACAACAGCAGUAAGUGACUCAGCAUUGACUGGAACAAUUGAAGCAAGUACAGUGGAACCAUCUACAAUUGCAAUCUCUUCUACGACAAUUGCUUUGUCAACCAGUGAAGCGACAGAAUCUGACUCAACAUCAACCAAAAUAACUGAAGCAACUACAGCACAAACACCUACGAUUGCAAUCACUUCCACAACAAUUUCAUCUUUCACCAGGGAAACAACAGCAAAAUCUGACACAACAUCAACUGAAAUAUCUGAAGUAAGCACAGUCGAACCAUCUACAAUUGCAAUCUCUACCCCAACAAUUUCAUCAUCCACCAGGGAAACAACAGUAGUAAGUGACUCAGCAUUGACUGGAACAACUGAAGCAAGCACACUGGAACCAUCUACAAUUGCAAUCUCUUCUACGACAAUUGCUUUGUCAACCAGUGAAGUGACAGAAUCUGACUCAACAUCAACCAAAAUAACUGAAGCAAGUACAAUAGCACCAUCUACAAUUGCAAUCACUUCCACAACAAUUUCAUCUUCCACCAGGGAAACAACAGCAGAAUCUGACACAACAUCAACUGAAAUAUCUGAAGCAAGCACAGUACCAUCUACAAUUGUAAUCUCUACCCCGACAAUUUCAUCAUCCACCAGGGAAACAACAGCAUUAAGUGACUCAGCAUUGACUGGAACAUCUGAAGCAAGUACAGUAGAACCAUCAACAAUUGCAAUCUCUUCUACGACAGUUGCUUUGUCAACCAGUGAAGCGAUAGCCCCUAAUGACUCAAUAUCAACUGGAACAUCUGCAAAAACCACAAACAUACAGCCCUCCUCAGCUGCAAUCUCUUCUACAACAAUUUCUUCCUCAACCAGCAAAACAACAGCAGCAAUAAUUACAUCAACCAGAACAUCAGGAUCAAGCACAUCGACAAAAUCAUCUACAACACUGAGACCUUCCUCAGCAACCACAAAAUCAAUAGCUGAAACAACAGGUACACAAAAGACAACGUUUUUCACGGUGACAACACUUCCAACACAAUUCAGUGUCAUAUCCUCAACCAUUGGAACAUCCACUCCAUACAUUACACAUUUGUCACCAAGCAGCUCAGUAACAACCCAUGGCAUCUGUUACUCUGUCACUCAACAAGAUCUUGGAGACAUUUCAGAAGAAGACAUCCAAAACAAAAGUUUCACCUUGAAGUGGUCUGAUGAGAUCUAUGAAUCAUGUGGAGUGUACAAAGUCAAAAUUGAUGGAGAGAUCCACAACGACUGUACAUUUAACUUUACUAAAAAUACCUGCAUAUUUUCUGAACUGAGUCCAGGUCAAACCUACACCGUUGAUGUUCUGUUCAUUACAAAAUUCAAUACAAUUCUAAAUCGAUCCUUGAAUGUGACUACAGUCCCAGCAUUUGUAAGUAAUAUCACAUUUCCACCUACUGGAAUUCGGAACACCUCUCUGGCAGUCACCUGGGAAGCAGCAGGAGGAACUUUGUUAUCAUAUAAUGCCAGAUUGACAUCGCUGUUGGAGAAAGAACAAAACAUUGUUGUUCAGUCGACUGAAUAUUUAAUUGCAAACUUUUCAAAUUUAAAACCUGGUCGUAAUUACACAAUCACAAUCAUAACUGUGACAACAGGGAACAAAACCAACAAAGGAGUGUCAGUAGUGCAGAGUACAGAUUCAGAUGAAUGUAGCAAUGGAAACAAUGGCUGUGACCAGAACUGUAUUGAACGAAAUAAGUUUGAAGACAUCCAAGGCUAUGAAUGCAAUUGUAACUUUGGAUUUGAAUUAAAAUCAGAUAAAAUGACUUGCCAAGAUGUCAAUGAAUGCAAUUCCCAUGACCUGAAUAUGUGUACCCAGCUUUGUCAAAAUACUUUGGGAAGCUAUAAAUGUUCAUGUCGUUCAGGUUAUGUGUUGGAUGAAGGGGACAAAAGAAGUUGCAAUGAAAUUGACCAGUGUGAAUCCUCCCCCUGCAUCAAUGGAACUUGCAUCAAUGAAGGAACCUCUUUUACAUGUGAUUGCUCUUCUGGCUGGAGUGGGGAAUUGUGUAACGAAGAUAUCAAUGAGUGCCUAUCAAACCCAUGCAACAGGAGAGGUCAUUGCAUUAACACAAAUGGUUCAUUCAACUGUGAGUGUGUCACUGGCUGGACUGGACAAAUAUGCUCACAAGAUGUAAAUGAAUGUGUUUCUAGUCCCUGUGUUAAUGGAAUCUGUGAAAACAAUCCAGGAAGUUACAGCUGUCUGUGCCACACAGGCUUCACUGGACAACUCUGUGAAACCAAUAUUGACGAGUGUUUGAGCCAGCCUUGUCAGAAUGGAGCCAGCUGCACAGAUUCUGUGAAUGCUUUUACUUGUAUGUGUGCCCCUGGAUAUACUGGUAGACUUUGUGAACAACUGAUUGACAACUGUGCCAGCAGGCCAUGCCAACAUAAUGGGUUCUGCGUGAACGAAAUUAAUGACUAUAGUUGCUUUUGCCAGAGCAACUGGGAAGGCAAGAGCUGCGAGACAGUUUGA